CUUUGUGUUGGUCCUGCUGUUAGCGCGUCACCACGCGAGGGGGCAGCACUCGCUCUCGUCCUGUUCAGCGCCUCCUCCAGCAGAAGAAAAGCCUCCCACCCAUUCUUUUUUUUUUUCAAAAUGGCCGAAUACUUGGCGUCGAUUUUCGGCACAGAAAAAGACAAGGUUAACUGCUCUUUCUACUUUAAAAUCGGAGCGUGUCGCCAUGGAGAUCGUUGCUCGAGACUCCACAACAAGCCGACUUUCAGUCAGACCAUUGCUCUAUUGAACAUUUACCGGAACCCACAGAACACAGCCCAGUCCGCGGAUGGCAUCAAUGCUGUCAGUGAUGUGGAGAUGCAGGAACACUAUGAUGAGUUCUUUGAGGAGGUCUUCACUGAGAUGGAGGAGAAAUAUGGAGAAGUUGAGGAAAUGAACGUGUGUGAUAAUUUAGGAGAUCACUUGGUGGGAAAUGUCUAUGUGAAGUUUCGCCGUGAAGAAGAUGCAGAGAAAGCGGUGAUUAACUUGAAUAACCGCUGGUUUAAUGGCCAGCCCAUCCACGCUGAGCUCUCACCGGUCACUGAUUUCAGAGAGGCCUGUUGUCGACAGUAUGAAAUGGGAGAGUGCACUCGAGGAGGCUUCUGCAACUUCAUGCACCUGAAGCCAAUCUCAAGGGAACUCAGAAGAGAACUGUAUGGCCGCAGGAGGAAGAGGCAUCGCUCCCGUUCACGGUCCCGUGAACGCCGUUCUCGCUCAAGAGAACGCAAUAGAGGCGGAGGAGGAGGUGGUGGUGGAGGAGGAGGUGGAAGAGAACGAGAGAGACGGAGGUCAAGAGAUAGAGAACGCUCCGGACGGUUUUAAAAUGUCCUUUCUUGAAAACGACAUUCAAUCCCAAACCUUGCCCUAGUCUCUCCUGUUGAGGUGUGAUAACGUUGAUUUUUAUUUCCUCCCCAAUUCUUUGUCCGCUGACCUUUUUAUGCAAGAUUUGUUUGCUUUUCAAUAAAGAUACCUUCAUCAUUUUA